AGUGAGCAUUGCGUCCAUGGAGAGCAGAUGGUGUUUUUGAAAGGAAGGGCGGCCAUUCCCAGGACUUUGGACUUGGUUCCGUUGAACCCCUGAACCGGUAAGAACCAAGGUUGCUAGGAGAGCACCUGUGCCCCCAGCACUCUGGUCCAGCGAGGGCAGGGAAGGAGAGCUGGAAACUGGUAGAGUCCCGCUACCUGCUACGUCCUGAGGCUCUCAGGGAGCAGGAGUAUCUGAACAUGAGUGGCAAAAACUGGAUAUUGAUCUCUACUACUUCACCCCAGAGCCUGGAAGACGAGAUUCUGGGACGGCUUCUGAAAAUUCUCUUCGUUUUGUUUGUUGACUUAAUGUCCAUUAUGUAUGUCGUUAUAACGUCCUAAAAACCCAACUUCUGUGUGUAAAUUUCAAACUGAAUGCCAGCGAAUAAAGAUCUACGUUUUAAUCUGA